AUUCACAUAUUCCGCAUAUAUAUGGUAUUGCAUUUGUUCUUGAUCCUCGUUAUAAACUUCCUUACUUGGCAAAUUGUAUAGAUUACUAUUAUGCUUCUUUUUUUCCAACUCAAGAGUUCGAUGAUAAUCCCAUCGACCCUAAACAAGAAUUCAACGAGGUUAGUAAUUUAUUUAAAUCAAUUGUAUAAUGAAUUUCAUGCACAAUAUGGCAAUGCACCCCCUCCCAUGCAACGAACAUCUUCUUCAUCUAAAGGAAAAUCACUUUUAAAAUCCGCUUUUGGUUCUCUUUUGAAAAAAAGUAGAGCAACUCCCGCUAUUGAACAAAGCUCAGGUAACGAGCUUUCUUUGUAUCUAACAUUGAAUGUUGAUUAUGAAGUUGGUGAUGACUUUGACGUUCUUAAGUGGUGGAAGGAAAAUGAAAGAACAUUCCCGAUUUUAUCAAAGAUGGCUAAGCAAGUACUAGCAAUGCCGAUAUCAACCGUUGCCGUGGAACAAGAAUUCAGUGCGGCCGGCAACGUCCUAACCGAUUAUAGAACGAGGUUGAGCCCGAGUUCUCUUGAAACACUAGUUUGCUUUCACGAUUAGUUGAAGACCCAACGAAGAACUCAAGAAAUUACCAUCACUCCCUCCCGCCACUUUAUGGAGGAAACAACCGAAGGCGGAGAGUCCGAUUGAUUUUUUAUUACAAAAUGUAUUACAUUUUUUAAAUUCAUCCUAAUUCUCAAUUGUACUUCUUAUUUGAAAUAAAUAUACUUCAAUUCGAAUAUAAUAUAUUGUAAUUGUAAUAAGAAUUAUUCUAAUUAUAUAAUAUUUUAAAAAAAUUAAAUAGGCCCGGCCCGCCGGGCGGCCCGGCCCGUGAACCAGGCGGGUGACCCGAACCGAACCGGACCCGGGAUUAUCCGGGCCGGUUUCGGGCCUGCCUUCCUAGAACUGAGGCCCGGCCGGUUCUAGACCCGAACCGGGCCCAGCCCGAACCAAGUCCACCACUAACCAAAAUGAUAAGGUGAUGAUAGUUCAAGGAUCAUUUAUGAUUUUACUCUAAUAUGUUCAUGUAACCUUUUUCAAAUUCCCAAGUUCCAACAGAAGGCUUGUAUGAAUUUGUUCUUAUCAAUACAGUAAGGGUGAUGAAUUAUUUAUAUGGAAGUGUGGAACUUCCUCAAAGAAAAGGCUCAUAACAUUCUUCUAUAGAUCCUACCGAAUAAACGGAGAGGAGAGGGCUGACUUUGCUUAGCAACGAAAUGUAGUUUCCGGUUUCAGGCAGGAAUGCUAACGGAAGUGAUCCAAAACCAUGUCAGCAACCAGCUGAAUCAACUGGUAAUGGAACCAAUUGAACCAGAAACGACCCAAAACCCAAAAUUGAAACUGAUAAACCAGGUUAGUUCCAACCCAUAAUCAGUCAUGCAAAAUUGGAACCUCAUCGGGUGUAGAUAUAAUAAUCAUUUCACAUUUCAUGGAAAUUGGUUGUGGAAUGGUGCAUUGUGGUUACUCCGAUUUCGGCUCUGCCUGGCAGACUGGGAUCCUCUGCUUGAGCCUUGAAUGCAGGGUGCCUUGCGUAAAUGGUCAAAUGGAGGGCAAAGAUUGAAAGAAGGGCCUCGAGAUUCUUGAAACGGAGACACCAGAUCCCUGCUCGGAUACCAAAACAUGGUAGGAUGCCCCGAAAAAUUUAGCCACUCGAUCAAAACAUUAAUAGUUUGGAUGUGUUAGUCCAUUCCCAUACGGGAGAGGAUAUCAUUUCCAGUGGCUCAAUACUCCAUAGCCUAUGCACCCGGCAGAUAAGAACUUACAUCUGAAGUAAUAUGAACUUUGACCGAUUGAUCAAUCAAUGCCUGGAAAAAACAAGAGGCUGAAGAAAUUGAAAGUUAUAAACCAUAUUAAGUUAUAAAUCCUUACAAAGUUCAUCAAUUUACAGAUACAUAAAUUCAUUAGGUUAUACAGAGAAAUCAUUAAACAAACCCUAUUCUUAUGCUUACUUUAAGUCAUUCAUUCUAAUGGAGAGGAAGAGGAAGGGAACACAUCGUUCACAGCAGAAGCGGCUGACAAGUAAUUCAAAGUGUUCCGCAAUGUCUCCAUCUCCCUUCUUAGCCUCACACCUGUAUCUUCCAGUUCCAGCAACGCCUGCUGUUCUCUAGGCGCUCCUUCGAACGUACUUCCGACGAAGAACGAGAACGGAGUCGGGAACAGAUUCCGCCUCAGAUCCUGCGCCUCCUUCUCCUGCUUCCCAUUCAAUCUGUUCGACAAUCGAAUCACGUCUUUCAUGUAUGUUUCGACUUGGUUCGCCAGCAACUCUAGAUCCUCUUCUCCGUUCGCCGACGGCCGGUCCUCAAGCCACGUCACCUCCGCCACCAGGUAGGGUUUCGUCUGUACCAGAUCCGUGACCCGGAAUCGUUCCUGCCCUUUGCAGAUUAGGAAGAAGCGGUCGUCCACGAGCCGCUCGUGCUUCACGACUUCUCCGACACAGCCCACAUCCGCGGCGCCGGUCGCGCUGUCGGAGUAGAUCACUCCGAAUCUGAGAUCGGUCUGCAGCAGAGUGUGCAUCAUGAUUCGGUAGCGGAAUUCGAAGAUCUGGAGAGGGAUAACAGAACCGGGGAAGAGCACCAAUGGUAAAGGGAAAAGCGGGAGUUCAGUUACGUCGUCCGAUUUGGGGGAGCCAGCGUGGUGAAUCUCGGAGGAUGAAGAAGCGGAGCAGCGGAGAGAAUUGGCGUUGCCCCGCCGCUGGUGGCCGCGACGGAGGAGAGAUGGUGAUCCAAGGAGAUAUUUACAAGGAUUUAAGUAGGGUUUGUGCGAGAUUACCGAUGAAGAAUAGGGAUGCAAGAGCUGCUGAGGCAAAGCCAUUGGAGCGAAGAAGAAGAAGAGUUACUAAAAAAAAAUAAGGUAAAAGUCAAAAAUCAGAAAACGGACAUGGAUGAUUUGAAUUUAGGGAAAAAACGAAUAAUUGAAGGGGCCCAUACUUGAAUUGCGAGUUCAGUCGAAGAAUGAGAAAUGGUGAAGGGAGUUCCAGAUUUUUUAGAACUCUGUGGAGAGUGUGGUGCAGAAGUUUACACGUCCGCAUGUGUUAACCCAGAUUUUUUUUCCGAUAAUUCAGGUGUCGAGCCUUACGCUCUCAUAAUCCUGGAGUCUAUGAACUACCCUCCAAAGCUCCUAGACAGUUAAAUCCGGAUAUGAUCACAGUCAGUCUCGCCGACACGAACCCGCUACCUUUCAGGCUGCUCCUCCCACCACACGAACGCGCUACCUUCAUUAUCAUCAUCUCCCUUCUCAACAGAUGAGCAACUCCGUGAAGGUAGGAAGAAUCAUUGGGAGCAAGACCUCUCUCAUCUCCCCUUGGUGGGAAUUGAACUCAAGACCUCCCACAAAGGAGAGACUUGGAGGUGGAUGGUCAUCCAUUGGACUACACUCACCUUCCCUUGAUCCAGAAUUUUUGGUGAGCAACAUUUUUCAAAAAAUUUGAAGACGCCAUUCAAAAACCAAUUGAAGACAAAAUUCAAAUAAGCACUCGAAUCUAUUUAUAUAUCCCGGUCCCAAAUGAAAUUCACGCUUUGACUUGACAUAAAU